UCCGACAUACCCAAGGCAAGAUACCGGCCAGUUGGCAAUUGCACCAACCUUCCACAAUUGCGCACUCGAGCGGAUGUUGCGUCAACUGAGCGGGCCAUGCGAGGCAUCGACGCGGGGGUCUGUCGGGUCGGUGCUCAGUACCACGCAGUUCAUUCGGCGAACGACCUUUGCCUCGGCGUCGGCGAAGACUCACCACGCAACCAGGCCAUCCCCGGUCGCGGAAGCGGCACGCACGCCAGCAAUCCCGUCAUCAUGUGCCCUACCUGUGUACAUCUACCCGCUCCUCGUUCCGGUGGCGGGCUUGAUCACCAUGGCGGCGACAAUCGGGUAUAGCUGCACCCACCAGUUCACGUGCUCCGAACUGUACCCGACGCUGUCGACAGCGGCCAAGUACCAUCCGCAGUUUCACAUCUUUGCCGUCGGGAUGAACAUCACGUCAUACAUGAUCUUCCUGACCGUGUCGCUCUACUCGACGUUCUUGCUUCGGACGUGCUCAUCUUCGUCUUGGCAACGACCCCUUGCGUGGAUUUACUACGCGUUUGGCCUCCUCACCUGCAUUGGCCUCAGCACGUUGGCGACGUUCGACCUGAAACGAUGGGAGCUCAUCCACAUCGCCGCCACGGUUGCCUUUUUCGUCAGUUCUUGGGUCAUGAUGUUCCUUGCGCAAACGUCACGAUGGAUGCUGCAUUACCAGAAAGCCGCGGCGGUGCAAGCGCACAGGCGGGCGUUGAUGUGGGGCAACGUGUGGCUUGGCGCAGGCAUCGCGCUUUCUGUGAGCUGUACGUGCGCCUGCUGGCUUCGUCUUUGGUCUCAUCGAUGGGCUAGUUGGAUUUUGCUAUCUUUCGGUCCACAAACACAUCGAGAACGUGUUUCACAUCACGUACCUCAUGGAAGCCAUGUGCGAACUCUUUUCUAUCGUGUGCCAACUGCUGUUCAUGGGCACGUUGGCGGCCGAAGUCGGUGACUUGGACGGGAUCAAGGCUUCCUUUCACAAAGGCGACGCCGUCGUCCUCGGCACCAUGCUCGUAGCGGUCGUUGCAGUCGAAUUCAUUUAGUCGAUGCGUCUGAGCCAUCAACCACAUGCUACUUAAUAUACUUAUUUCGUUUGGAUUUGACA